AUGCUCAUAUCUAUUACUCCGAUAGCUCUUCUCCUCUCCGUUCGGUCUACCUUUGCAUCCCAGGACAAUGGCAAUCUCUCUAAAAGAGACGCAUGCGACGGUACUGACGCUAUGCCGAUUCUCUACCAUGAUUACCUAAAUGAUUUUUGCCCGCCAAAGUACGAACUAAACUCAGAGGGAGUCUGCGACCAUAUAGUUGCAGAAAACUUCUGCGCUGCGUACUGUCAAUUGUCAACUCGUUUUGUUUAUGGACAGGAGUUUCCUUUGGGCCCUUGGUGUGAAGGCCCUUGUGAUAUUUCUAACUUCGCAAGGAAAAUGACUUGGUCUUUUAAUGAUAUCGAUUACUGGCUUAGUUUUGAGGAAGCAAUGAAUGCAGGUAUCAGUGGAGGCUGGCAGUCUACUAUCACAGCUAAUGUGGGACCCCAAGGCCUAUCUCUCUCAAGUCCUUCAGAUGAGGGCCAGUGUGGAUAUUGGUCUUGGGUACCUAUUAAGAGAACUGUGUGUGGAAGAAUCAACUGGAAGCAGCAUGAUCAGGGUCACUGCUUGGGCGAUAUGCGCGGUAGAGAUACUUAUUGUGUUGAAGAUUUACGGAAAAUACCUGGCGGUGCACUCGAUGGUACAACAAUAUUUGUCAACACCGAUUGCGAGAAUCGAUUGCCGCUGCCUAUGGAUCAGCAGAGAAGCUCAAUCUACAAAAUGCCGGGCGUCGCUCUAAGCCAUGUUCAACAUGCUUCUCUGGAUUUGGAUGAUUAUAGCGCACAGCAGGUACUGUAA